CCGUCACGGUCACUUCCGACGAGCACGCCGGCAGGCAGCAUGGCAGCCACACUGGGUGGCAGCCGAGAGCUCAUGGCCACCAUCGCUCACUACGUUCCCAGCGCUAUAGCCUUGCGAACGCUUUUGGAAGUGCUGCCGCCCGCCUUUCUUGGCGAUGCGUGGGCCAGCGUCCUUCGUCUUCUCCGGCAUCCAAAGCUCGACCCAAGUGCGCUCUGGCCGAUUGCGCAGUACAGAGCCAUUGCAGCCAUCAUUGAUCCCAGAGGUACGGUCAACGUGUGGACGCUUCCGGAGCUUCAACCUCUUUGGGCCAUGGGCGUCGAUGUCGCGUUCAAGUCCCCACGCGACGACUACAUCGACUGGCGACGCCACGUACCACCACAUUUUUCCAACAUGCAAGUCUUCGGUGUCCAAACUUCGGCGAUGAUCAACGUUGCGCGAGGUGUUUGGACGAGCUGCAUGAUUCAUCUGUCGCCGUCCAGCACCUUGAAGAUCGUCGAACAUUAUGCGUCUGAACUGGCGGCGACGCCCUCUCUGCGCCAUGUCCUUAUCAGCUUUGCCCAGAUUGACACGUUGCUCGACUCGGACCCGAACGAGUGUGUCUUCUUCAACGAUGCACCAUUUCGUCCCAACCUCCCACCGCACGUUUGGGCAGCCCUCUCUCCGCUGCAUAUCAUGGACAUCACCAUCGUCGGCCGCGGCCUCAUGUGGGUGAAUAGAGACCUCCGACUGGCCGUCCAAUGGCUUAUGUCUCGGCCCAUGCGGCGUCUCACGCGGCAUGCGAUCACGCCGCUUCCGGUGGAUCUAGUGACUGCGGCUACCGCUGGCUCGGCGUUGACGCACGCGGCGAUCGAUUUCGACAGUCUGGACGACGUCGUUGCGAUCGUGGUAUCUGCGUUGAACCGAAUGCCGCGCCACGCCUACUUGGAGCUGCUCAAUGUUCAGGACGGUCGACAGCUGAGCAUAGUGACCCGCAUCUUGACUUGCCAAUAGUCGACACAUUUGGGCCCGAAGUAAUGAAGCGUUUGUUCGUCGUUUUGAGGGUUGUGCUAUGCACAAGAAAGAGACAAAUUGACUAAAAAAUAGACUUGUGAGUUAC